AUGAUGGCAGAUUUGCUGUGUUGUGAUGAGUUAUACCACAUGGUAUAUUCUGUGCCAGCAGUUGAAUUAAUCGCUAUAUAUCGGUUACCUAUUGACUGGACUAGUUUUGCCUUUCAUACAACUCAUUCAAAUUUGGCAAUUUCGUUAACAGAACUACAAACAUCAGAAAUCUCCACUGACAACAUAGUAAAUUUAGCGGUAUAUAUCGAAGCACAGUGUCCGGAUACGUCGCGCUUUGUUCACCGACAACUUUUAUCUACAUGGCAAGAAUUAUCCGUAACAAAUAGGAUUUCGCUUAAAAUUGUACCUUUCGGCAAAGCGAAAUGUGACCCAGUUGGCGAUAGUGACUAUAGUUGUGAAUGUCAGCAUGGGCCGGCAGAAUGCGAAUUAAAUCAACUUAUGAACUGCGUAAUUGAAAUGGUUAGAAAUCCGCAUUACUAUGUUCCAGUAAUAUCUUGUAUCCAAGGAAAGCGUGAUCUUCGUUCAGCCGGAUUAAAAUGCUUGUCGAAACUUCUUAUGUCCAGUAAAAGUAUCUUACUAUGCGCUGAAGGAAAAGAAGGAAGAAGACUUCUGGCAAAAGCAGGUGCAGAAACAGAGCGUUUGCAACCACCGCUGAAUUUUGUUCCUUGGAUUAUGAUUAACGAAAUACGCUCAAGUGAUGCAUUCUACGAUCUGAAAAAGAAUCUUUGUGAUGCACUAGAUCCUAUACCGGACCAAUGCAAAGAGCACAAUAAAUAA